AUGACCCAGCUCGUGGCCGCCUUCGUAUUGACAGCAUCCGCACUGUCCAUGAGUCCGAUGUUUCCUGCCUUCACCGAAUCCUUCCAUCCGAACAACACCCAGCUCCUGCUCAUCACCGGCGUGUGUAUCCUGUCCUUUGCCUAUGCCAAUUUGAUCGUCGUCCCCUGUUCCAAUAUCUUUGGUCGUCGCCUUACCUUCUUGGUCUUCUUGGCGAUCAGCAUCGCCUCGUACGUAUGGGAGGCUCUCGCCUCGUCUUAUACCAGUUUCAUCGUGGCUCGCGUGGUGAACGGAGCAGGGGCAGCGGCCUGUGAGACAAUACCCAUGCAGACUGUUGCGGAUCUUUUCUUCUUGUACGAGCGAGGACAAUGGACCGUAGCUUAUUUCACUGCGGCUUCCUUUGGCUCGUUCCUGGGGCCGGUAAUAUCAGGAAAUAUCACACAAAGAUUCGGAUGGCGCAGCUUCUUCUGGCUAUCGAUGGCCAUGACCUGCUUCAACUUCAUCACCAUCCUUCUCUGCUCCCCGGAGACGAAGUACCACCGCGACCCUGCGUCCAAACCUCCACGGCAUACGCCACAUACGUCUCACACAUUAGAGUCCUAUGAUUCGCCCACAGACAUCAGCCCGACCGUAGACUCGAAGGAAAUCUACUCAACCCAAGCACCACCACCACCCAAGCCCGGGACCGGGUCCCCCUGCAGCGCACAAUUCAAACUAUGGCAAGCCCCGGAUCCGCAAUGGAAGGCCUUUCUCCUACGAGACAUUUUCACCCCAUUCCGCAUCUGCCUCUACCCGAUCAUUUUCUGGGCCGCGGCGACAGUGUCCGGCGUCGCGAACUUCGUUCUCUUCUGGAACCUCACUGAAUCCUCCGUUCUCGGCGCCCCGCCCUAUAACUUCAACGCCUCCCAAGUGGGAUACUCCAACUUCGCCUUUCUGAUCGGCUGCAUCGUCGGACUCAUCACGGCGGGGCCAUUAUCCGACUGGGUCGCGGUGAAAGCCACGCAGCGGAACAAGGGUGUCUACGAGGCGGAAAUGAGACUCUUGGCUCUUAUUCCACCUUCUGUGAUACUGCUUAUAUCGGUGUUGGUUGGUUCAUUUGCGAUCCUCGAUUUAUGGCCCUGGCCUGUUUUGCUUAUUUUCGCGUACGGACUCAGUGGACUGGUUGUUUCGGCCAUGUCUAGCAAUGCGGUGGCGUAUGCGAUGGAUUCGUAUAAACCUGUUUCUGGAGAGAUUAUGGCUGUAGUUACGAUUAUUAGAAAUACUUGUGGGUUCACUAUGAGUUAUUGGCUGGCUUUGACGUUUGGGCCGCUGGCGUUGGGUGUGCCAAUGUAUUUGUUCGGAAAGAGGUUGCGGGUCUGGACGAAGGAUUCUAGUGUGCAUUUGUAUGGGGGAUGA